AUGAGUACGGAUAACUUUCCCUUGUUGGAAUUAGAAGAGCUUGUAACAUGUUUACAGGAAUGUGAUUUUUCUUUGGCAACUGUGGAGAAUGUGGAGAAGCCUUCAUCGCAGUUUGUUAUUACUUUAUAUAAACAGAUGAUUGAUACAUUUAUGGGUAUAUCACCGGAUUCUUUGCUUAAUGAUGGUAAAAAUUUCAGGGAGCAGGGGGAUGAGCAAGAUGAGCAAGAUUACUAUGAUGGUAGUAUGGUUUAUAUGGAUACGUUGAAAGUGCUGGCGUUAAAUAAGAUAUGUUAUAAGUUUUUUCAGGAUAUUGGAGUUUCAGAUUUCAACGUUAUGGAUUUGUAUAAGCCCGAACCUUUUCGAACAAGGAGGCUACUCUCUGCGGUGGCUAAUUAUGCUAGGUUUCGUGAAGAGGCUAUGCUGGAGUUGGAUGGGGAUCAACAUCCGGAUGGGAUACGUUAUUUGGAACAGACAGAUGGUCUUUUGAAAGAACUUAGGGUGAAAUUUGAUCAAGCCAAUGUUCUGCAAUCUCGAAUUCAAAAGUAUAGGGAUUUUCAAAGAACUGAUAACCUGACGGGUGUUGAGGAAGGAAAUAAGGCUUUGGAAUCUCAAUUAAAGCAUCUUAAUCAGGUUCAAGAGUCUUUGACUAUUGAUUACGAACGAUAUAAGUCUCAAAAACAAGCAUUCCUAACAGACUUAGAAACUUUGGGUUAUGAACUAAUAGAACUAGAAUCUAAAAGGGAUAAAUUGCAAAAAUAUUCGCAGACGGAUGUUAAGGAAUUGACAAAAAGCGUACAAGAGUCAUCUGAGUUAUUAGAACAAAAAAAAAGUCAACUCACUCAAUUAGAGCAGAAACAACGAAGUCUGCAUACUUCAUUGGAAACCUUCCAAAAAUUAACACAGGAGUUAUUUGAAGUCCUACAGAUUGUAUCUACAGAUUUGCAAGAUUCGCAUAUUAAAGAGAGCAAUCUGUUAGAUACAAAGCACAAAUUGUUACAGAAUGAUAGCAACUUAAAUAACCUAUUGUCCAGUGGAAUUAUGGCCAAAAUAUCCCUACUAAAAGAACAAUUAGAUUCACAUAAGCAGAAGCUUGCUGAUUUAGAAGGUGCAACUCAAACGAAGGAGGAAGAGAAUAGUGCCACGCUGAAAAGGCUCCGAAAGCAGCAUGCUGAGGAGGUACUCCCAGAGCUGCGGAGUAUUGAGCAGCGUUUUAGAACUGAAAUAGCAGAUACUAUUACUAAUUACGAAACUCAAAUGCAAAAACUCAAGGAGGAAUUUCAAAAGGAGACAGAUACGGUUGAAUUAGAGUAUUCAUUAUUAACAAGCCAUAUCAACAAGCAUAUGGAAACCUUAAUGGAAAAGAUUAACUAA